GGCAGGCUUCUCUAACAGCACACAGCCUUCUUCCUUCUGAAGAGCUCUCUCUUUGGCCCCGGGGUGACAAGCAGCCCUUUUCACUUGAUCACUGUGGCUCUGGCUCCCUUUUCCUCUGGGUCUGUCGAAAUCGCCUGAAGCUCUUGGCGGGCUUCAUUGCCCCAGUUAGCUCAGAGAUGGCAGUUCCCACCAACUCCUGCCUCCUGGUCUGUCUGCUCACCCUCACUGUCCUACAGCUGCCCACGCUGGAUUCGGCUCCCUUCGAUGUGACCGCACCUCAGGAGCCAGUGUUGGCCCUAGUGGGCUCAGAUGCCGAGCUGACCUGUGGCUUUUCCCCAAACGCGAGCUCAGAAUACAUGGAGCUGCUGUGGUUUCGACAGACGAGGUCGACAGCGGUACUUCUAUACCGGGAUGGCCAGGAGCAGGAGGGCCAGCAGAUGACGGAGUACCGCGGGAGGGCGACGCUGGCGACAGCCGGGCUUCUAGACGGCCGCGCUACUCUGCUGAUCCGAGAUGUCAGGGUCUCAGACCAGGGGGAGUACCGGUGCCUUUUCAAAGACAACGACGACUUCGAGGAGGCCGCCGUAUACCUCAAAGUGGCUGCUGUGGGUUCAGAUCCUCAAAUCAGUAUGACGGUUCAAGAGAAUGGAGAAAUGGAGCUGGAGUGCACCUCCUCUGGAUGGUACCCAGAGCCUCAGGUGCAGUGGAGAACAGGCAACAGAGAGAUGCUACCAUCCACGUCAGAGUCCAAGAAGCAUAAUGAGGAAGGCCUGUUCACUGUGGCAGUUUCAAUGAUGAUCAGAGACAGCUCCAUAAAGAACAUGUCCUGCUGCAUCCAGAAUAUCCUCCUUGGCCAGGGGAAGGAAGUAGAGAUCUCCUUACCAGCUCCCUUCGUGCCAAGGCUGACUCCCUGGAUAGUAGCUGUGGCUAUCAUCUUACUGGCCUUAGGAUUUCUCACCAUUGGGUCCAUAUUUUUCACUUGGAAACUAUACAAGGAAAGAUCCAGUCUGCGGAAGAAGGAAUUUGGCUCUAAAGAGAGACUUCUGGAAGAACUCAGAUGCAAAAAGACUGUACUGCAUGAAGUUGACGUGACUCUGGAUCCAGACACAGCCCACCCCCACCUCUUCCUGUAUGAAGAUUCAAAGUCAGUUCGAUUGGAAGAUUCACGUCAGAUCCUGCCUGAUAGACCAGAGAGAUUUGACUCCUGGCCCUGUGUGUUGGGCCGUGAGACCUUUACUUCAGGGAGACAUUACUGGGAGGUGGAGGUGGGAGAUAGAACUGACUGGGCCAUUGGUGUGUGUAGGGAGAAUGUGGUGAAGAAAGGGUUUGACCCCAUGACUCCUGAUAAUGGGUUCUGGGCUGUGGAGUUGUAUGGAAAUGGGUACUGGGCCCUCACCCCACUCAGGACCUCUCUCCGAUUAGCAGGGCCCCCUCGCAGAGUUGGGGUUUUUCUGGACUAUGACGCAGGAGACAUUUCCUUCUACAACAUGAGUAACGGAUCUCUUAUCUAUACUUUCCCUAGCAUCUCUUUCUCUGGCCCCCUCCGUCCCUUCUUUUGUCUGUGGUCCUGUGGUAAAAAGCCCCUGACCAUCUGUUCAACUGCCAAUGGGCCUGAGAAAGUCACAGUCAUUGCUAAUGUCCAGGACGACAUUCCCUUGUCCCCGCUGGGGGAAGGCUGUACUUCUGGAGACAAAGACACUCUCCAUUCUAAACUGAUCCCGUUCUCACCUAGCCAAGCGGCACCAUAACAAAUAUUCCAGCUUCACGACUUUGCCUUCCUUUGACUAAUCCCUCAUGCCCCGAAGCUUCAGCUGUUGGCUUCUUGCAGCCCUGCUUCUUCCUGGUGGAUGGAGAUUAAUUCACAUUGGGAAGGUUAGGUAUGUUGCUGCCAGACAAGGCAGGAAGAAAGGCCAUCCUAGUUUGUUUCUGUACUAACAGUGGGGAGGAAGAGAGCUGAAUCCUAAACUAUUUCCAGUGCUCAUAUUCCUUCAGGCCAGAGCCUAUAGAGAAGGAUUUGGUACAAUCACUCGAGGGAUCAAGAGGCAAUUAGGUUGGCAUGGAAUUAUGGCAGAAACAUCUGGAAUAGGGGUAUGUGGAAUGACAGGUUUUAGGUAAGGGAGAACAAAACCAAACCAUAGGAUGCUGAGAAAGAAAGAUCUUGGACUAAACUCCUAAAAAAGCACUUAGAGAAGAUAUGACAGGCAAAUGAAGUGAAUUUGGUCUAAUUUGAUACACUUGCCCUGUCCCUAGGGUUUUUCAGUUAUAUCUCAAUUUUUUUGUUGUUAAUUACAUUUUUGACAGCUUCAUACAUGUAUAUAAUGCAUUCUAAUUACUCUCACUCUCCUCUAUUCUGUCUUAUUUCCCUCCCCUCCCCUCAUACCUUCCUUCUUGCUUCAAACCUGGCACACUGAGUUUAAUGGGCUAUCAUGGGAACAUGGAUUUAGAGCUUUCCUCUGAGCUCAAGAGAGCAGGUGUGACUGAAUACAGUGAUUUCCCCUCUCCUACAAUCAAUCAGCAGUCAAUAGCUCAGCUGGGAGGGGUAGGGCCUCAUGAGACUUCCCCUAUCAAGGCUAAAUGUUGAAAGGGCCAGUUUUUAGCACCUGUGAGAUCAUGAUUGCAAGAGCCCAGAAGACAGCAUUGCUCGGUCAUUCUCCCUACCCUUUGGCUUUUCUGGUCUUUUGUCCUCUCUUUCAGGAUGUGUCUGAACUCUGUAUCUUAAGUUUUCUAUGUCAUGUUCUAUAAGAUAGAGGAGACUGGCCCUGCUUGUUUGAGAGCAAUGUGAGCAAGCUAGCAAGAGACAGAAAGGAGCGGAGAUGAAUAGGGGUAGAGAAAAUUUUUAAACAAACCCUCCAGGUGUGUGUGUGUGUGUGUGUGUCUUCCUCUUUUUUGACCUCCCUAAAGGUCAAUCCAACCUCACAUUAUUGACUCCACUAGGUGGGGGUUCUGUGUGUGUGUGUGUGUGUGUGUGUGUGUGUGUGUGUGUUUUAAGAUAGAGGUUUACUAUGUAGCUUAGGCUGGCUUUGAAUUCCUGAUCCUCCUGCCUCUACCUUCCAAGUGCUGGAAACAUAGCCACAUCCACCACCCCUAUCCAGUCCACCUGGUUUGAUUCAGCAACGCUCAGGUAGCAUCGCUGUUUGAUCUGGAGCUGCCAGCUCCCUCGGCCCCCACUGCAAUGCUUAACCCCCUCACAGGCACCUUCCCUUGCCUAACACUGCCAUCCUUUUCCACACUGAGCCAUUUGCUCAAUGUAGCCUACCCAGGUAUCCUGCUUUCUGGUCCCCAAAGUUACACCAUGAUGCUCAGCACAGCUGGACAGUUUGUCCCAAUUUGUGUGUGUCCUCCUGUUUGUAUGGGACUUCUUUUUGUCAAUGGCCUGUGUGUGUAUCCAAGCUCUUCCACUUCUAUUGUAUUUUUCCGGCUUCUAAAACAGAUGUUACCAAAUAAAGAAAGAGAAAGAAACGAAUGUC